AUGGCAUCAGAUUACGCAGAAGAAAGCGGUUUCAAAGAGCCUAUAUCUGCCAAUAAAGCCGAUCAAUUCCACAAAAUACUGGAGAAAUUGGAUUCUUUGGAACAACAGGUCGUUUCAGUGGCUAGUAGUGUACAAAAGAAGGUUGGACGGAGGCCGCGCCAUGGAACUGCCAAAAAAAAGUCUAGAAAAAGUACUAGUCGAGUGACGCGGAGUCCAGAUGACAAUAAAAUGGCAGAUAUCUCGAUGCCACGUAUAACCUCUCUAGACCUACUUGUCAGCGCUUUACCUCAAGACAACAAAGAGCCUAAUCAAGACAAUGCUACUGGUAAGUCAAAGCUCAGCGCAGCAGGUAUUACAGGCAAUUCUGCCAGAAAGUCGGAAAGUUCUGAUGUCUCCGAAAGUGGACUUACGGGGGACUUUGGAGUGAUCCUGUCGUAUUCCGUGUUAUCACCGCGAGGAUUGCAAUGGAUCAAGUCUAAAAGUGUGCACUGUGAUGAGGAGAUUGACUACCUUUCAAAAUGGUACUCGAGGUUUUUACGUGGUAAGGACUCAGAUACUCUGUUUCCAGCGCCUUUGGGCCUGAAACCGCUACCAGAAACCGAAGUUUUAGAGACCCUGAUAGAGAUUUUCAAUCAGUCGGGACUUGAGACGCUCUCUUUCAUACCGGCCGACACUGUAUCUGCAAUCUUUAAGAAUUUUCUCGAAGGCGGACUGCAUAGUUUGAAUCGAUCUCAUUCCAUCACAUUACAUGUGGCAUUUGCAUUGGUCAGUCAUUUUCAACAGCACUUUUACAAAACACAGGUAGAGGGCAUUCCUCGGCGAGUAUUAGGCCUUGUUCAAAACAAUGCAAAACUGCGAGAGUUGGAAGACAUCUUCAUAUCCAAUGCAUUAUUCAAUUACCAUCAGGUUUCUAUACUACCGGAAGGAAUUGAUACCCUUCAAUCUUUCUUGGCACUCAUGGCUUACGCAGACGUCACCGGUGCUUUGCAUGCCUCAUAUAUGAUGGUCACUUUAGCCGUCCGUUUGGCUCAACAUUUGGGCCUCCAUGCCGAGACUUCUUAUGAAGGGUUGCCAUUUGACGAGUCAAACAAAAGGAGAAAAAUUUGGGGUGUGUGUCGCCAUUUUGACCUCAAGGUUUCUUUAAUAUUGGGAAAGCCGCCUGUCGUUGCCCACUACGACACCACGGCGAUUUUUGGAUCUGAGUGUACCCCGGUGGAGCUUUUGGCAGAUGCUUCGUUUGGAGCAGCAUCUUCACCACCUACCUGUCGAUCAGAAUUUGCACGCAACAUGUUCAGUUUCGUUAUGAAGGAAGUCGGAUUUGACGUCUUCGGCGGUUAUUAUAUCUGUCGGAACAAUUUCAUAGCUUCCUGCAUAUACAGUGACCUCUAUGCUCCUUCAGCGACAAUGAACGUUGCGAAGCAUUUUCGAAGUGCUAAGGCGCUACUCAAGGAGAUGGAAGUAUUCAGGUUAUCUCUUCCGGUCGGGAUGAGACCGUUUGAUCCUCCAAUCAGUCAAACUUUGACAGAGCUCGUAAGAUGCAGCGAUUUGCCUGCGGCAAUGACAAGGCUAUAUAUCUACAGCGUCCAAUUUGGCUUCUUCACCAACUUGAUAUUUAUUCAAAGGGCAAUGUUCAAGACGCAAAUGUACAUGAAGGAGAUGGGACUUUCGAGGCAAACACCAAUUUACGAAGGCGUAAGAACUGCAAGGGCCAUGCUCACUUACGCUCUGGCAAUAUCCGAACUAAGCUUAGCGAGCUACUUCAAAUCGUUCCAAUGGUCCGUAAACUUGGCUUUUUUCGAAAUUUUCGUUUAUACCCUUUCGAAGCAGGAAAAUCAAGUUGCCUUUGAAGCCGACGUGAAGUUGAUGGCGUGCGUAUACUGCGAUUUCAUCAGCUGUUCGCAUUUCUUGGACACAGGGUCAUCUCCUGGAACUCAGGAUUCUGCAACUGAAAAAGAGGGCUCAAGAAAAUCACAUUUUGCGACCACUGACUUUUCAAGCAAUUUCAAGUACCUCAUCAAUGUUCUCCGCAAGACUUAUUCAUCGAAAUUUGACCGAGACGUAAUGUUAACGGACAAGCAACUGGAAAGCCUAAAAUAUGUUACUAAUUUUUAUCCGGAGCCGGAGGCCGAAAAUGGCAGACAAGUUUCACUGAAUCCCUUUCUCAUGGACAGCAUGGAUCUUGUUGCAUCGGACACACUGCAUUUCCUCAUAUAA